AUGGAUACGGCAAGGCUCACCGAGGCAACUUUUGCCUUUCUACCUCUAGAGCUUCUCAGUAUGAUCGGUAAUUUCCUCGACAACACUUACGACCUGUCAAACCUCGCUCAUGUCAAUCAAACGUUCUACCGCGUCUUCAAUCGUCUGCUGUAUGAGGCCGCCGUCAAGGAGCACCAUCCAGGCCCGACCAUCGAAGCAGCGAGCAACGGGAACCUCGGAGCUCUAAAGCUCGCAGCUGAACACGGCGCCAAUCUUGACUACUAUCAGGUUAAGCCGCUCACAGCAGAUGAAAAGUUGGCCAAGGGUAUUCCAUACCAAUUAUCUCCGCGCGCCCGCUGGGGAGCACCCCUCCACUUCGCCAUCAUCUAUGGCCAUCAGCAUGUCGUUGAAUGGUUGAUCUCCAAAGGCGUCGACAUCGAGGCUCCGGCGAGACUUUACUGCGGGUGCGAGAGCCCCUGGAACGAUAUCACUCCUUACGACGAAUCUUAUCGCACUUACUACGACAAAGGUGUCAUGGUCUGGACCCCGUUACAUUACGCCAUUUGCCAUAGGCAGACCGACAUCGCGCACCUAUUACUUUCGGCUGCUCUCAAGUUGGUGGAAGGUGGCACGCCGAUAUGGUCAAGGGAGGAAGUGUGGGAUAGUGACAUCGACUCUUUCGAAAAGGUCGAGACGCCGAUUGCUCUCUUAACCAAGGUACUCGCAGGCUGGGAUUAUGAGUCUCCUUGGACCAAUACGCGGUCCUGUGGACUUACAGAUAAGUGCUGCGACCAUGACGAACACGAAAUCGCAGCAAAGAAAAAAGCAUUCCUCAAGCUCGCGCAGCGGACAAUCGACGAAGUUCCCCACGAAGUAUCAACAUAUGAACUGAAGGACAUCCUGGCACAAGGACUCAUUGCUAUGUUUGAUCACGCAGAUUUCUGCGAUGAAGACUUUUCUGAAUACGCCAAGAUCAUCAAACUUGCUCUGGAUGAAGAUGCAGUUGUCCAAUUGCGGCAAUCGACACUUUCUCUGUUGGUUAACCACCGAACAAGAAGCUUUAAGUUUGCUCAAAUGCAUGGCAUCACGUUUCUGUUAGACGACCAAUGGUUUGGUGAGCCUAUUACACAUAUUGACAAGAGACUGAUGUUGAGGACAUUGGACAGGGUGGUGAGAGCAAUUCCAUGGCUAGACGACGACGGCUAUACCAUUUUGACAAAUACAGAUUGCCUGAUCAGAACAAUGGAACUUUUGAGAGUACAAGGAGCUUGGAAGGAUGCCCGAGAAGAAACCGGAAGAAUUUCCACCGAGGAAAAGAGCUCUUGGACUCUUGCUGGUACAACUGUGGAGGGUGAGAAGUGUUCAGAGCUCUCUGGUCAAUGGAACAAGCUCAGGUCCGACGAGUUGAAGAUUAUCUCGUCAAAGUUUCGGCACAUCUUCACAAAGAUCAGGUGGGAAUCUUAG